AAUCCGAGAAAACCGUUGCUAACCCGUUCGCGGAUAUUCUGUUCCGUCGGUUCCGUCGCGAAAAUCGUGUUAAAAUGGCCCAAUUUGUUGAUUUUUCAGAUUAAUUUGUGUGUUAAAUUUAGCUAAGAUUAUAAUUCCUUCCCAAAAUGGACAUCGACACGCUGCACGCCGACCUGCGCAAGCGAUUGGACAUCCUUGGGUUCAAUCACCCACUUCCGCUCGGUGCCAUCGGAAUCGUGUCCGCAAUUCUGUCCGAUUUAAUCAAAACAUCAGAGAAGCUAAAAUCCUCCAAGCAGCAGAUCGAGCAACUUAUGCAGGAAAAAGUGGCCUGGGAGCUCGGCGUGGAACCGUACAAGUGUGACAACUCGCGCCUCCUGUCCGAAGUGAACGGCCUGCAUCUGGAGCUGGUUAAGCAGCGGGACAAGUUCGUGCUCGCCAACACCGAGCUCAAGUGUCGCGUGCGCGUGCUUCAAACGGACAAAAAACAGCUCGACGAGCGAUGUUUGCAGGCCGAGGCAAAGAUUCGGGAACUGCUGCACUCGGCGGACAGUAAAUCGCGCAAGAAUGGUGUAAACAUGCAGCGGAAACCGUUUGUGUCGACCGUAAGGGCAGGGUACUAUCAGCCGCCCAAGUGUUGCGACGCCCAGGCCCAGGACAGCAAGUGUCACUGUCCGUGCAAUCAGCCGCGGAAGACGGACGUGCUGCACGAGAUUGAGCGACUGCAGGCGGAAACCAAGAACCAGGAGGAGGUCAUCGACGCGUACAAGAAGCAGAUCGAGUACCGGGAUCGCGAGAUCCAGCGCCUGGGCGCCCUAUUUGCCGGGGGUCGUCCCGCAGCGGCGCUGGCCAAGGACUGCUGCUACCGGAGUGUCAACUCGCUGAACGAGGACGUUGGCAAGCUGCAGGAGGAAAAGCUGGCCAUGCAGAACAAACUGUCGGAGGCGAUGGCCAGCCAGGAGAGCGCGAGCAAAAAGCUCCAAAAACUGUCCGAACGCAACCGUCAGCUGGAGCACGAGCUGAAGGAAAUUGAAAACGUGGCGCUGAGUGUGGAGUCGGAGGCGAAUCUGAACAUUCUGGACAAGGAGCGGGUCAACUCGGACUUGCAGAUCCGGCUUCAGCAGUCCAGCAUGAGGAUUAAAGAGCUGGAGACGAUACUGGAGGUUAAGAGUUCUGGGGGUUUUACACCGAUCAGUUCGUCGGCUUCGGCGUGCUCGCUGGAUUCGACGCUGCAGAACGCGUUGAAGCAAGCGAACGAGGAGAAGCGUGCCCUGUACAAGCAGCUGAACGAGCUGAAGCAGCGGGAACAUGCGUUGCUGUGUGACUACGAAAAGGUUAAGGCAAAGUACUCCAAGUUGAAGGUUAAAUUGUCGAGCCAGAUUGCGUUUGGGGCUGAAAAUGUUGUUGGUGAGGGUGCGGAUUUGGGUGAGAUGAAACAGAAGCUGGCGGGCUUGGAGGGUCGCUUGAGGGAGGUUCAGGAAGAACGUGAUCGCUGCUGUGGAGAGUCGAAACGUCUACGUGAUAGCAUAGCCAAGUUGAGGGGUGAAAAUACGGAGAAGGACUUGCGAAUCACACAGUUGGAAAGUGAGUUGUGUCUGCACAAGAAGGCAAGUACGAGUUCGAACACAGGACGGUUGCGAACGGCGGAUUCUACGGGGUCUGGACAGACGUCGCUUUCGGUGCAGGCCGCGUUCCACCGGGUCGAGCGAGAGCGUGACGCAGCUAAGCGGGAAGCUCAGCAGUUGGAGAUUGAGCGUGACUCGUUGAGGAACAAACUCAAGUUGGCUACCAAAAGCCAGAUCGACGAGCAGGCCAAGCACGAGGAGACGAUCAUCGGGUACAGCGGUCAGAUUGCGAAGCUUGAGGCGGAGAAGCGCGAUCUGCUGUGCGGUCAGAGUUCGUCCCAAACGACGGUGCAUCUUUUGCGCGAGGAGAACCGAGACCUGCAGGAGCGGCUGAAGGACGUCGAGAGUCACUUUAGCAAGUUGCGGGUGGCGCACUCGCAGCUGAAGAUUCUGCAGGAGCAAACGGAACGGGCGCUGACGCAGCACCAGGACCGCCUGAUGUGCUACGAAAGCCAGCUGGGCAGUGCCGAGGCCAAGCUGAACCAGGUCGACGGAACGAUCGAUUGCGCCAACAAGGACAUUGGCAAGCUGCGCGGCGAUGUCUGCGUGCUGAAGGCUUCGAAUGCGGCGCUGCAGCGCGAGAAGGACAAAUUGUUGAUCGAACUGGACAAAAAAACGGAGAAGCUGUUCACGGUGGAGACCGAGCUGGGCAACCUGAAGGCGAGCAAAUCCGGCAUGAGGGACACCAUCGAUCGGCUUCAACGAAAACUCGAAAACGCUAGCACAGACAACAUCCAAAAAGAAAGCACCCUGCGCAGUGUGUCCACCGAGACCGACACGCUGAGAAAACAGGUGGCGACACUGAAGUGUUCGCACGACAACGCCGUUGCAGAGAACGGCCGCCUGUCGAACGACCUGAGUGACGCCGGGUCGGAGCUGACGCUAACGAAACGGAAGCUCGCCGACUGCCAGCAGGAGGUGGAACGGAUGAAGUCCCAAUUACGCGAGUACGUACAGGAGAUUCAGCGCGCCGAGGAGUUGCUGUGUGUUAAGGAACGAGAACGUGAAGAGAUGCUCGAGCACUACAAGUCACUGUCGGAGGGCGUCAACAUGCUGGAAGUUAGUAACCAAACGCUGGAAGUUGAGAGUGCUGAGGCCAAAAAGCUACUCCAGGAAGCGGAAGGUCGCAUCAACGGUCUCCAGGAGCAGGUGGGCUUGCGCCAGUCGGAAAUUAAGACAUACGAGAGGCAGAUUAACGAGCUGUCCGCAAACAUUGUUGCGCUCGAGUCGGAAGUGGACUGCCUCAAGGAGGAAAACCAACACCUGCGCGAAGACCUCGAAGCGACCAAGGACCUCUGUAACAAGCUAGACCUGCAAAAGGACAAGCUGAACGAGGAGUUGAACGAGCACUCCAACAUUCGCGAGCAGCUCAACAGGGAAAAUGCCACCCUGAAGCGACAGUUGACGCUGGCGACCACCGGGGACAAGGCGGCCGUGGACGGUUUGCAGGAGCUGUUGGCCGCCAGCAGGUCCGAGGUUGAGCAGCAGCGAAUCGUGACGAGCCAGCUGAACCAGCAGGUGAAGUCAUUGAAGGAGCAGGUUUCGGAUCUCAGCCGGAAGUUGGAGCAGGAACGUGAUCGCGCCACGCGGAGCGAAGUCACCGCGAACGAGUACAGCGUUCAGCUGCAGGAACUGCGCCGCAUGAUUACGGACGAUCGGUUUGCGCAGGUGCAGUCGAGAGAGGAGGACGAUUACAACAGGUAUUCCACUUUUUAGUAAUUUAAGCGACAAUCUCGAGCGGUUGCACUGCCACUUUUAUUCCAUUUUACUACGAUUAAU